AAAUAUUGCUUCUGCGUUUUAAUAUAUAAUUAUUUUUACUUUUUAAGGUUUCUGGACAAGGCUGCAAUCAAAGACCCUAAAAUAUCUGCGGUGAAUAAGUGGAACCUUUCAACUUUAACCGAUGUUGAAGAAGUCAAGUUAGUGGUUAGAAUGCUACCGGCAUGGGCCACAACAAUAAUGUUUUGGACUGUCUAUGCCCAAAUGACCACAUUCUCAGUGUCACAAGCCACCACCAUGGAUCGACAUAUCGGAAAAUCAUUCCAAAUUCCAGCUGCCUCCCUCACUGUAUUCUUUGUCGGCAGCAUUCUUCUAACCGUCCCAAUUUACGAUCGCAUCAUUGUUCCGAUUUGCAGAAGGAUUAUAGGGAACCCACAUGGCCUCACUCCAUUACAACGUAUAGGAGUCGGCCUAGUACUAUCAAUACUAGCCAUGGUUGCAGCAGCGCUUACCGAAAUUAAGCGACUAGAGAUCGCCCGUAGACAUGGUUUAAGAAACGACGCGAUGGCCACGGUACCAUUAAGUGUCUUCUGGUUAGUCCCACAAUUCUUCUUGGUGGGGGCCGGUGAGGCGUUCACCUACAUAGGACAACUUGAUUUCUUCCUAAGAGAGUGUCCUAAGGGGAUGAAGACAAUGAGUACCGGGUUGUUUUUAAGCACGCUUUCAUUAGGGUUUUUCUUUAGUUCCAUUUUAGUUACUAUAGUACACAAGGUGACAGGUGACAAGAAGCCGUGGUUGGCUGACAACAUUAAUCAAGGAAAGCUCUAUGACUUCUAUUGGCUUUUGGCAAUUUUGAGUGUUUUGAAUUUGGUAAUAUAUACGGUUAGUGCAAGAGGGUAUGUGUACAAGGAGAAAAGGCUUGCUGAAGAGGGGAUUGAGAUGGAAGAGACAGAUGGACCUAGCUGCCAUUAAUUGCUGUUUAGUGUCUGUAUCAUUAUGUGGUGAUUUUUAACUCAAAUUAUAGACUUUACAACUUUUUUUGUUUUUAACAAAAGUUUGGAUACGAGUGGGGCACUCGUUUUCUUUUUCUUUUUUCAAUGUGACAUAGCCAAAAUAAUGAAAAUGUUGUGAGGUUGUAAGUGUUUGCAAGUUGCAACAGACUAGUAAAACGACAGUUGAAGUUCAUAGAUCA